UCUCUUCCUCCAUUAAUGUCGAUUUUCAAAGCUUUUAAGUUCUCGUCUCUUCUUUUUCAAAAAUCAUGAAACAGUACAAUUAAAGGAACCAGACAUUCCCUUUUCCCCCGUAUCAAUCCAUCCUCUUUACUUUAAUUACGAAAACGGCGACAAAGAAGAAGAGUGGUAUCAUUUUCUAGUUGUUGAUCGAUCAGUGGUUUGAAUUGAUGUGCAAUGCGGAAGCCUGUUGGAGCUCUUCUGCAUGAUAGAAGAGCUGUUCGAGUGCCUAUUAGUGGAAGAAAUCAUUUGUAUAAAGUUUCUAUUUCUUUGGUUUUUAUUCUUUGGGGACUUAUCUUCCUCUUUAGCUUAUGGAUCAGCCGUGGGGAUGGCUGCCAAGAAGGAUCAAUUUUGCUUCCUGAUGGUGUAUCUACUACAAAUGAAUCUAAAUUGGAAAAUAACAAGGACUCUGACGUUUUAUGUGAACCUCCAAACGGUGAAUCUCAUUGUACCAUUCAUUUAAACAAUUCAUGUUCAAUCAAUGCUUCGAGCCCUGGUUCUGAUAAUGAAAUACUUUCAAGCGAAGAAAGUAGCAGUCAUAUUCAAGCUACUACGAGGUUGCCUGAGGAUGAGAGCUCUAGCACUAGAGUAAAACCUGAAAGCAAACCUCCCAAGGGAGAUAUCUCGUCAGACACUGUUCUACUUGGCCUUGAAGAAUUCAAAAGCAGAGCGUUUGUGUCCCGGGGUAAGUCUGAAACUGGCCAGGCUGGGAAUACUAUCCAUAGAUUAGAACCUGGGGGUGCAGAGUACAAUUACGCCUCAGCUUCAAAGGGAGCUAAGGUUUUGGCUUUCAACAAGGAAGCAAAGGGAGCUUCAAACAUUUUGGGCAAAGACAAAGAUAAGUACCUCAGAAAUCCUUGUUCUGCUGAAGAGAAAUUUGUCGUCAUAGAACUUUCAGAAGAAACCUUAGUAGUAACAAUUGAAAUUGCUAAUUUCGAGCACCAUUCUUCUAACUUAAAAGAAUUUGAGGUACAUGGGAGCUUGGUUUAUCCAACAGAUGUUUGGUUCAAGCUCGGUAAUUUCACUGCUCCAAAUGCAAAACAUGCACAUAGAUUUGUUCUCAAGGACCCAAAAUGGGUGAGAUAUUUAAAGUUGAAUUUUCUUACCCAUUACGGUUCAGAAUUCUAUUGCACACUCAGCACUGUGGAAGUUUAUGGAAUGGAUGCUGUUGAGAUGAUGCUGGAGGAUUUAAUAUCUGCUCAACAUAAACCCUCUAUAUCAGAUGAAGCUACUCCUGAUAAGAGAGUAAUUCCCUCCCAACCUGGCCCCAUUGAUGAAGUGUCACAUGGUAGAGAGUUGCAAUCUCUUGCUAACGAGGAAGGUGGUGAUGGUGUUGAUUUAGAACUUUCAAAGAGUAAUACACCUGAUCCGGUCGAAGAAUCACACCAUCAACAGCCUGGCAGAAUGCCUGGUGACACUGUUCUCAAAAUUUUGACACAGAAAGUUCGCUCACUAGACCUAAGUUUAUCUGUUUUGGAGCGGUAUCUAGAGGACUUAACUUCCAAAUAUGGCAAUAUUUUCAAAGAAUUUGACAAAGAUAUCGGAAAUAAUAAUCUACUCAUUGAGAAGACCCAAGAGGAUAUAAGAAAUAUUCUUAAAAUCCAGGACAACACAGAUAAAGAUCUUCGUGAUCUCAUUUCUUGGAAGUCCAUGGUUUCCUUGCAAUUGGAUGGUCUGCAGAGGCAUAAUUCUAUUCUCAGAUCUGAGAUUGAAAGGGUACAGAAGAAUCAGACUUCUCUUGAAAACAAAGGAAUAGUGGUUUUUCUUGUGUGUCUAAUUUUUUCAUCAUUUGCUAUUUUUAGAUUAUUUUUGCACAUUGUUCUUAGAGUAUAUGAGAGAACAAAUAAUUCCAGGAAAUUUUGUUGUAUAAGCCCUUCCUGGUAUCUAUUGCUUUUGAGCUGUUGUAUCAUUCUUUUCGUACAGUCACUAUAAUCAAAGAUUGCCUCUUUAUUUCAUCCA